GCGGUGCCUGCUGGGAUUGCUCCGCCGCUGCUGUGGAAAUGUCAGCCAUGUUUUCCACGGUGCAGGGAGAAACGGCCCCUCCGUCCCGGUAAAGCCGACCACCGAUGAGUCCUCCCGCCGGUCACCGGAGCAGCGGAUCCCGCUGAGCUCUGCUGCGGCGGACACAGUCAGCUCCUCGGUGUCGGUGCGUACUCGUGGUGGAUUCACGCUUCCCUCGGAUUGUCGCUGUUUUGGCGCAAACAAUGAGUAAACUCUCGUUCCGGGCGCGAGCGCUAGACGCCGCCAAACCGCUCCCGGUUUACCGCAACCGAGACCUGCCGGACCUGACCGACUGCGUGUCCAUCAACCGGGCCGUGCCGCAGAUGCCAACCGGGAUGGAGAAAGAAGAAGAGCUGGAGCAUCACCUGCAGAGGGCGAUCUCGGCUCAGCAGGUGUUCAGGGAGAAGAAGGAGAACAUGGUCAUUCCCGUCCCUGAAGCAGACGCCAGCAACGCCACCUACUACGACCGUCUUUAUAAAGGAGACGUCAAAGUUCCCAAACAGCUCAUCCACAUCCAGCCUCUGGGUGUGGACCUGGAGCAGCCAGACUACGACAUGGACUCAGAGGACGAGACGCUGCUCAACAGACUGAACAGGAAGAUGGAGAUCAAACCUCUGCAGUUUGAAACCAUGGUGGACCGACUGGAGAAGGCCAGCACACACCAGGUGGUCUCCCUAGCGGAGGCGAAGCUGUUGCUGAACGAGGAUGACUACCUGCUGAAGUCGGUGUAUGAUUUCUGGAUGAGGAAGAGGAAAAACUGCCGGGCUCCGUCUCUGAUUGCUCACAUCAAACAAGAGAAGAGAGACGGGUCGACCAACAGCGACGCCUACGUGGCCUUCAGACGCAGAACGGAGAAGAUGCAGACCAGGAAGAACCGUAAGAACGACGAGGCGUCGUACGAAAAGAUGCUGAGACUGAGGAGAGAGUUCAGCCGGACCGUCACCAUCCUGGAGAUGAUCAAGAGGAGAGAGAAGUCCAAGAGAGAGCUGCUGCACCUCACCCUGGAGGAGGUGGAGAGGAGGCAUCAAAUGGAAGAUUUCAGUGGAGACGCUCUCAGAGAGGUUUCUCUGCCUCUGGUGGAGAAACAUGUGUACUGCAGCCCGGGGACUCUGAACCACAGACACAGAGCUGACAUCAAGAUGCAGAAGAAGAAGAUGGUCUCUGUUAGAGACGAGCUUUCCUUCGACCUCCUCAGACCAAAGAAGAAGAACAUGAGACGGGACAGAUUUUGUCCUCCACAGAGACGUCCCGGUCGCCCCCCCGGUCCCUUCACCGUCUACAAGGCCGACAUUAAACAGUACGACUUCCACAGCUCCGGAGAGGACGACAGCCCCCCCCCACCGCUGUCUCCUCCAUCUUCACCUGAUGAUGAGGAAAAUAAUCCUGAUGGAGUUUUUGUCUUCAGGAGAAAAGCUGGAUCUCAAUAUUACUCUCCUGGUACAGAGCAGACGGGUGGAGUCGAUCAUUUGGAGAUCCUCCCUCACUGUCUGCGUCACUCGCUGGCUGAACUGCCUCCUCAUUGGACGGGACUGAGCCGCCGCAGGAUUGGACGAGGGGGCAGGAUCAUUCUGGACCGAGCUUCCUCAGCUCUGGAUCCAGUACUGAAGCAGCUGGACUCUCUAAGGACCAGAACCUGCCUCCUCAAUGAGCAGAAACCCUCCCUGACUGAAGUCCUGAACAACAUCCAGACCCUGAGGAGGUUCUGCUUCAGACCCAGAGCGCUUCAGGACCAGAGGGAGGGACGCAGAGAGCCCUCUGAGGACCGCAGACUCAGCUGUGUGUCCCCCUCAGCAGGGGGCAUCACAGAGGAGCAGUACCACAGUCACCAGCAGCAGCUGAUCCAGAUGCAGAAACAACAACUGGAACAGCUGCAACAACAGAACAACACUUUAUAUAAACAGGCAGCUCUGCACCAAACACAGUCAACCAGGUGCAGUGAGUCCAGUUCGAAGCCUCUGGACUCAGCCAGUGCUCAGUUUGCAGCCUCGGCCGUGAUCAGCGCUCCUCACGGUCUCAUCAACAGGGAGGACAAAGUCCACAGGGCCGUCAACGGAGGCCUGCAGCCUUCAGGUCCCUCCAGGCCGCCGUACUCUUCUUCCUCGUCUCACAGCAGGUUGGUGCUCCCGGCUCGGGGGUCACUCCCCUCUUCCUCCUCCCCUCAGUCCCUCCCCAACCAGAGGAGCCAGGUGAGAGCCGUCUCCCCCGCACACACUGCUCGACCCUCCGCUCCCCCAACGUCAGCCUUAAAGCUCGCCGUCGCCGCCAGCCUUGACCGAGUGCCCAAAGUCUCCACCGCCAGAGACUCUCACGAGUCGGAGAGAAUUCUGAACGGACUGUCGGAGAGCACGCUGCCCAUGGAAGUCACAUAACAUCAUAUCCCAUCAGCCCCUGCUCCUCCUCCCAUCAGCUCCUCCUCCCAUCAGCUCCUCCUCUCAUCAGCUCCUCCUCCUCCUCCCAUCAGCUCCUCCUCCUCCUCCUCCCAUCAGCUCCUCCUCCUCCCA